AUCGGGCAGCUCCGUUUGGCGCACGAUCGGUGCAGUUGAUAAAUGGAGGAUCCGUGUUUGUCAAGGUAGUUUUGUUUACGCGGAAAUUUUCACUCGGUAACAACUCCCCGCGCGUCUCGUUUGUGCUGAAGGAGUAGAUGAAGAAUAUUAUAACAUGUCCCGCAAUCACAAGGACAAGUAUGAGAACUCCAACCCGCGUCGUAUGUAUACGCUCAUGUGUCCCGACGACUAUCAGUCAGGGAAGAAAUCUCAUUGGUCGGAGUUGGAGAUAACAGGCAGUAUAAGGAACCUGAGCCCAAAUUUGUGGCAAAUGACUCAUCUGACGGCGUUGUAUUUGAAUGACAACAGCCUGCAGAGGGUGCCGUCCGAGAUCGGCCGUCUUGUCAACCUGCGUAUUCUAGAUCUCAGUAGCAACAAGCUGCGCAGUCUGCCUGCUGAACUGGGGGAGCUCAUCUACCUCAGGGAGUUGUUAUUGAACCAAAACUACCUUCGCGUGUUACCGUACGAACUAGGAAAGUUGUUCCAGUUACAAGUGCUCGGACUUCAAGGGAAUCCGCUCAACAAGGACGUGAUGACGUUGUACGGCAACGGGGAGCCCGCGGGGACGAACAAGCUGCUGUCAUUCAUGUUGGACAACUUGCAAGUUACGGCAAACCAUCCGCCCCAGAGACCAUGGAUUCCAUUAACUAGGCCCAACAGGUCAAGACCAACAUGUAUAUUCACGGUGAUGUGCUACAACGUGCUGUGCGACAAGUACGCGACGCGGCAGAUGUACGGCUACUGCCCAAGCUGGGCGCUGGACUGGGAGUACCGGAAGAAGGGCAUCCUCGACGAGAUACGGCACUACGCCGCGGAUAUCAUCAGCCUGCAGGAGGUCGAGACGGACCAAUUCUACAACUUCUUCCUGCCGGAGCUCAAGCACGACGGCUACGACGGCAUAUUCUCGCCCAAGUCCCGCGCGAAGACGAUGGCGGAGAACGACCGCAAGUACGUCGACGGCUGCGCGAUUUUUUACAGGACCGUCAAAUUUUCUUUGAUAAAGGAGCAUUUAGUUGAAUUCAAUCAAUUGGCGAUGGCAAACGCGGAGGGUUCGGACAACAUGUUGAAUCGUGUUAUGCCCAAGGAUAACAUCGGGCUCGCUGCAUUACUUAGGACUAAGGAAGCUGCUUGGGAUAACGGUGUUCCAUCUGAUCCGGUACAAGUGCAACAACCAAUUCUAGUUUGUACGGCGCACAUCCAUUGGGAUCCCGAAUUCUGCGAUGUAAAAUUGAUACAGACGAUGAUGCUGAGCAAUGAAUUACGUUCCAUUUUGGACCAAGCUGGCCAGUCGUUCAGACCCGGCCACAAGCCUGACUCUUCCAACGUUCAACUACUGCUUUGUGGCGACUUCAAUUCCCUACCUGAUUCUGGUGUGAUCGAGUUUCUUACAUCCGGACGUGUGGCGGCCGAUCAUCGUGAUUUUAAGGAUCUAGCAUACAAGUCGUGUUUACAAAAGAUCUCUGGCUGCGAUAAACCCAACGAAUUCACGCAUUCUUUCAAGCUUGCAUCCGCCUAUAGCGAGGACAUUAUGCCCUACACCAAUUACACAUUCGAGUUUAAAGGAAUAAUAGAUUACAUUUUCUAUUCGAAACAAAGUAUGGUGCCGCUGGGCCUCUUAGGUCCACUGAGCCCAGAAUGGUUUAAAGAGCAUAAAGUGGUAGGAUGUCCUCAUCCCCAUGUUCCAUCGGAUCACUUUCCUCUGUUAGUGGAAUUAGAAAUGACACCGACGGUAGGAACAAGCAACGGUUUGAUCUCACGCAGGUAGCAGCCGCUGCGAACUAGGCCCAAGUAACCGUAAGAAGACGAGGAAUCAAUGACGAAGAUAAAAAAGGGGGAAAAAAAAGGAUUUGCAUCACUUCUUCUCUACUUCUGGCUCUAGCAAUAUCACUCGCAUUACUCUUACUACAAUAGCGAAUGUUACACAUACACAAAUACUCCAUACAUUGCCGCACAUUCAACCAACAGCGAUCGCUGUCGACGGGAUACCGACGGACACACAAUUCUAACGACCAGGUGAAGGGAGCCGUGUUGUAAUGCGUUUAGCUAGCCCAUGUAUAGUGUAUUGCAUUUUUAAGAGCUAUCUUACUCCCACGCCUAAAGAUUAUUGUAACCUCUCUACUUACCAUCGUAAUAUGUGUAGAUACCUAUUUUCCUACAAAAAAAAAAGGUAAAGAAAAUGAAAACGACGAUAUUCCGAUCAAGAAGCCUCUGUGAUAUCGACAUUUAACACAAUUGGAACAAAUUCACACAUUUAUUAGUAAAUGGACCUAGUAGCGGUGUACUAGAGAGAGAGAAAAAAAAAGAGAGAGAGAGAGACACAUACCUUAAAGGAAACCUCUCUUCGUCCCUUCCUAAAUGUCAUUACAACAUUCUCCAAGCCAACCUUUUGAUAAGAAUGCUGCCAUCCACACAAUGAGAAAAAAAAGAAGAAAAGAAUUGUAUUUUUAAACAAAACGAAAACAAAAAAAGAUGUGAAAACAUACAUGCUAUACUGGGCUGUGCGAAGUGAUUGGAGUGAUCGACUUAAAACAAUUUCAAUGCAAGUACAAAUCUGUUCUAUUGGCCACGUAUAUAUUGAUAUAAUAUCGUAAUGUUAUAUAAGAUGAAAACAAGAAAACAUAUAUAGAUGAUAUUGUAGCGGGUGUAUUUGUAAGUACGAUAUAAUGUAAUGAUGUUCAUCACACACGUCUGUCAUAACGUCAAGUGAGAUCAGUUCAACAUUCGCCCCACAUUUUAGGUAUCCGUUCGGGUCUGAUUAUUAAUGUAUAUGCGCUCCGUAUCACAAUCUACUACUUGUUAAUUCAGUUGCCACCAUAAGGAACACGAAGGAAUAUUAUAUUUUCUUUCUUUCAUACACUCGCGCGCGAGCGUCUUCGCGUUCUUUCCGCCACUGCAUUUCUAUUCGCAUGACACCUUGCUUAUCCUUAGUCGCAGCUACCAAAAAAAGAAACAAUGGGUAAGCUCUAAUUAUUUUAGUUACCGUAGCACGUCUAUUAGCAGUUUUAACGAUAUUGUAAAAUAGGCAAUAUUUUUUUGAACGCAUGAUUGCAGUGCAACUGUACUUGCACGUUAAAAAUCUCUCUCUUCGGAUUUACCGAAGCUUUAUUUGCAACUUUUAUUUUUCAUUUAUUUAUCUAUCGCAAAUGAUUGAAUUGUGCAAUCUAUAUUUACAACACUUUACACGCAGAUGUACACCGAUUCAGCGAAAGUUUUAUCGAAAUAGGGGGAACACCUUUUUUUAUAUUGCUGUAUGUAAUCUACUCUUUAAUUUUCUUUCUUGCAGCAAUAAUGAACAUCCAUGUACUAAGAAUGUAGAUAUAAUUUUCUUUAUAUAUCUGUUGUAAAUAUGACGAUGGGAUUUUGCAAUUAAUAUACAGCUUUAUCCUUGCUUUAAAGAACAAUGGGAAUUUGUAUUAAAUUAUUUAAUACGACAUAUAUACUUGGAUUCUGUAAUACCGCGUUACAGAGUAGAAUUCAAUAUCGUGCUUCGUGCAUUCCCAAACAACACGUACGCCUUAAAGAUGUCUUUUAGACAUGCAUGCUGUAUGGGUUAUUUCGUAAUUUCUUUCUUUUUCAAAAUUAUUGAGCAAGGUGCACAAAUACUUAAAUUUUCCGCCUGUCAUUGGUAUAUGUGCAGAUCUCAUAAAAAUAUUUUUUAGGUUAUUAUAAUGUGCGAUAAACAAUGUAAUUAUAGUCACACGUUGAUUCGCAAAGCAGUAUAACAUCAAACGUGAACGGUACCGAACAAGAUUGGGAAGAUACAUAAGUUCAUGCACAAACUGUUAUUCGUAAAUUAAUAUUUUAUGAGUAUUCUAGUAUAGAGAAUUAAAUUGAUCUCGUUUCGCGGCACAAUCGACGACCAAAAAUAUAACAAAUUUUCCAUUUGAAAGAGUGAAAGGUUUUAGUUUGUACGUUAAUUCGGGAUUCCAACAACUGAAUUAUACAAGUAAAAGAUUAGUUUAUCAAAGACAUGUGUGUAGUAAAUGUUGUAUAAAGUAGGUAAUUACGUUAUAGUUUUACUUAUCUCGAUGAGAAAAGAGGCGGCAUCUAUUUGGUAUUUGUAUAUUCCUUUGUAUUAAGCACGUUUUCACAUGGCAAGCGAAUGACGUGGUGUAUUGAGAUCAAUUGCCGGCUGCUCUGGGCCUAAUUUAAAACCGUCGGAACAAAGAUAAACUAGAAGGUGAGAUAUGGCGGAUUUUUCUCCGAUAAUAAUAUAACGAUGAAAAUAUCUGGAAAAUUUUAUAAUUUCUCUUAUAUCUUAUAAAAAAAAAGAAAGGAAGACAAGUAUGAUAAUAAUCAUUUUAAACUCGCUCCUCUUUUAAUAUUAUGAUGUAUCACGUAGCAAAAGAAAAUUAGUACAAUUCGUAAUGUCUCUAAACUAGUGUAUCGAAUGUGGAAAUGUAUUUGCGGCAUGAAAGUACCUAUGUUUUUCUUUCGCGGUAAAUGGAAUAUUCCGUGGCGGAUUUGGCGAUCAUUAAAUGUGCAGAGAAUUCUCCUUCGGAUUAGAAGCGUUUUUCUUUUGCAAAAAAAAAGAUAAAUUCGUUCCCCCCGAACAAUUACAGGAUAUGACGCGAGAAGCGGCGCGAAAACCACAAUUUUACCAGCAGUAUUCGAGAUUGCAUGGGUAUUUUCAUCGCUUCGUCCGUAAAGAUCACUCUGUAAUUGUCUCUUAAUCUAACUCUAGCGAAGAAAAAGGAAAACGGAAAAAAACAUGGGUGUAUAUGUUGUAUCAAUCGCUAUUCGAUUCUUUUGAAAUACGUGGAUACAGAUACGGAUUACGUUUUAGGGUAAAUGUGUAAUGAUUAAUUGUAAUAUGUGCGAAUGAGAAAAGUAACCGUCGGGACUUUGUCCGGUCGGUCUCCGACGUGUAAUAAAAUCAGUUACGUAAAAAGAUAGAAAGAAAGGGGAAGAAGAAGAUGACGAAGAACUGAAGAAACGUGCGGGUACGGCGCACAUACAGCGGCACACUUUUGCUUUGUGAACGAGGGAGAGCGAAGCAAGUCGGUCAACACAAACACAUGUGCUCUCAUGCAUUUUUGGCUGUCGCGCAAAGCCGCCUACGCCAUAGUAUUUCAGAUAUAUUAGCUUUGAAGUAACGGAAGCUCUCGAGAAGAUUAAUGAUUCAGAUAAUAUAUACUUUAACUUAGGUAACACGAGCACUCAUCUCGCAUUCGUAGAACGCGAUGAUUUUGCAGAACGACGGUCCUUAGCCGAUCCUGAAUCAUAUCGUAGAAAGAAACUGACAAAUUGUUUUUCCUUAUGAAGGAAAAUUAUACCUCGCGAGACGUAUAUUUCGUACGGUUGACUUGCACCUAAAUGAAGGAAAAAUGACGUCUAUCUAUUUAUAUGCGUGAAUCAGUAAUUUAAUUCUUAUGUAAUUAUAUUCACCAGGGACAUUUGAUUGUAUUCGCCACAGCAUUAUCGUCUUUUCAGAAUCGGUCGGCGAGUCCACUGAUGUAUCGAAACGUAUCUGAAAGUAAUCAACUGAAUUCGUUGAGUCAAUCAAUGUGAAUUCGUGUCUCACAGAUAUAAUAUUAUCGCGUUACUCCGCCGCUUCUGAAAUCAUCGCCUUCUCAGAACGCUAAUUGUUCAAUGAGAAUAAUUUUAUCAUGCACGACACGCGAAAAUCACUGCGAAAUCACAAGUGCAACGGUUUAACGAUAAAUUUGUAUCACGAGAAAAAUCUUACGCUAUAACAUUAUAAUUAGGAUAACGUGUUCUCUCGUUUCUCCUACAAGGCAUAUAUAGUGGCACCUUAAGGGAAAUUAUGCAUAUGUACUGUAACGAAAGUUUGAUGAAUCCUGAUCGAAGUUAGUUUUCUUCCCUCCCAGCCCGUCGGGCGGCAGAUUGUACAUAUGGUUUUUUUAUUGGCGUCAUUCGCGAGAAUUUUGUAAAACUUCACACGCGUAACACGAACGAUUUCGCUGACGAAGUUCUUAGACAUUGGAAUAAUGUGCGAGACGUAUUAUAUAAAGUAGAUAUAAUAGAGAUCUAUACAUCUCUGGAUAAGUUAAUUGUAUAUGUAAUCACAAUUACAUUGCAUAAAAAAAUCACGGCACAUUCGAUAUUUAAUACUUUCAAAUAAUUAAAUAAUUAGAGGAUUAUCGUAACGUUAUUUUUAACUGGGUGUGCUAUCCGUACGAAUUAAAUGGAAUUAUCUUAAACCGUAAAAUUUACCCUUAUUUUCCAACGGUAGAUUAACACAACAUUUCAUUUUAGCAAUUUUAAUAGUAUCCAUUCUACUCGAAAACAACGUAUACAUUUGCUUUCUAUGAUGUAAAUGUUGAUAGAUGACGUCAUUAGCGAGGAAUAAGAUAAUUAUCUAAGCUUGACAAUAAACGGAUAGUUCUAACGGACUAUCCUCAUUUUACGGAUUUCAAUAAAGAAAAGCUUUGUAACGCUCUUACAGUGUCGGCGAUAGGCUGUUGGCCUACGUCAUUUUAUCAUUUUAUUAAAAGGGUUAUUUGAAAUGUA